AUGCAGCUCCCUCUCCUCUCCACCCUCCUCCUCUCCCUCACCACCCUCGCCCUCUCCGCCGAGCUCGGCAUCGAGAAAACCCACGAGGUCGAAUGCACCCGCAAGACCACCAAGGGCGACAUGGUGCAGAUGCAUUACCGCGGCACGCUCGCCUCCGACGGCUCCGAGUUCGACUCUAGUUACAGCCGCAACUCGCCGUUGAAGUUCAAGGUUGGCGCGGGACAGGUUAUCAAGGGCUGGGAUCAAGGAUUGCUGGAUAUGUGUGUGGGUGAGAAGCGGACACUGACGAUCCCGCCUGAGUAUGGGUAUGGAGACCGUGGGGUUGGACCGAUCCCCGGCGGUGCGACUUUGAUUUUUGAGACCGAGUUGGUGAAGAUCGAGGGCGUUAAUGAUGAGCUGUGA